AUGAGUAUGGACCGCCACGCUCCCUACCCAAAGAAGCCAUCGUUAGACAGUAAAUAUCAACUGCCCAAUGAGGCGAAAAGUGAAUUAGAGAAGGACAUCCACCUCAGUGGCUCGUCCCAUGGCACAUCAAACAGAUUAGAAGCGAAGACACGUAUCCUAAGAGCAUCGGAUAUCCUCUUGUCCUUAGCCGGCAGGUCCACAAGCGAGAGACUCGAAAGCUCACCCGGAGUUGAGAGCUUCCAAGAAGCUCUGCGCUUGUUUCCUCCUUUCCGUGAUGAUGAUGGGGCCACCUUUGGUGCAAUGGAGGUCAAAUGCCCCGAUUGCGAUGCAGUAUUUUCCUCUUCAAACGAGCUGAAACAACAUUAUCUGACGAGAUUUUGUGCCGGAGCUGCUGUGGCUGUAUACGUGAUGACACGCGAUCGCUUAAUUACCAAGGGCUAUCGCAUGGAAAAGCGACUUGUCCCAUUGGAGUGUCGCCCCAUACGGUUCUUCUGCCACACUUGUGAAAGACAAUUCCCCGUCAGUGACGAUGGGGAAAUCAUAGAAAGACCGCGAAAUUCGCCAUGCUUUGUUGAAUGCACCUACUGCGGUACCAAGUGUAAUAUCUUAUAUGAACCGGUCCUAAACGACCCCCGAGACGACCCAAGUUUCCGAGAUAUCCAGAAGGAGAUAGGAAGCAUCGGACAUAGUCGAAGCCCUAGCCUAGUUCAGAAGAGCUCGAUGACCUCGAAAUUCUCCAUGGCAGAAUCUACUGGAGAGCCCUCACUGGCUAAGAGGGCGAGGAAGCUGCGUGAUUCAUGGUCAUUCCGAAAAUUAUCUCAAGGCGACGAAGACGAGUUACUAGCAAUUAGCUUUGCCGGGUUAUUUGAUUUAGAGCGAGUCCACGCCCCCAAUGGGAUAUACCAACAACUUUCGUCUACGAGUGGAAUGGUCCCUAGAUAUAUAUGCAAUUCCCCCUCGAUCCCACAUGCAGGAUCUAACGAUGUAAAAGUUAUCGAGUCUAGCAGGUCCGGGAGACUUAUGUGCGAGGACGACAACGAUCAUCACAGAAGCGGCCUUGCCGACUCACAGGAGCUUCCCGACGAGAGCAGAAAGCCCGAGGACGAUACUGUACCGUCAUGUAAACGGCAAUCGUUCCUCCAGAAAAUAUUUGGCCGUAAGGUGCCAAAAGGUCUAUCUCGAGCUCGAUCUACUUCGAAUCGAGGCAAGAAAUUAAUGAAACACGCAAACACCAUACGAUUCUCCUUCGUCGCCAAACAUACAAGAAGCGACAGCAGAACAACGGUGCGGGAUAUCGAAGGGUCAUCUGAGGAAGUUCUAGCUACUGAGGUAAUCGAGAGAAGCCAGAAUACCAGCUCUGCCACAUUUCAAGAUGCCGAGUACGUUACACUACUACACAGUAGCCAGAGCAUCUUUGUGCAUAUGCAGUAUCUUUCUGGAGGAGCAAUUGUUCAUGAUGCAUCGGGACGCCAAAGAAUUCUGCAGGUGGACGAGGUUGCGAAGCUCUUUCUGCACCUGCAGAACGAACUUUCAGCAGCGGCAACCUGGUCACGGACAGUAACAACGCGUACGAAAGCAGAAGCUUUGCUCAAGCGGGGAGACUCUAGAGCAGCAGUGGUUGAGUUCCAUGAUGCCAUGAGAAUGCUGGACGACACGCCCGUGCUAGAUAUCGACAGACAAUCCCGCGCAGCAAUCCUACACUCCCUGGGACAGGCCUAUCGUGACCUUGACAUGGCCGCAGAAUCAGAAGCAUGCUAUUUGGAAUCGUUGGGUCUCUACAAGCGAGCCCUGGGACGCGACCACCCAAAGAACUUUGCAGUCCUCCACGAUCUAGGAAGUCUAUGCGAAAGAGACGGUUACGCAACCGAAGCAGCAGCGCUGUACGAACGUUCAUUCGCAGGUCGACUGAAAACGCUUGGGCAUAACGCCCCAGAGACUCUUAGCAGCAUGCAGGACCUAGCUGCUCUGAAGGUUCUUCUAGGAGACCUCGAAUCCGCUCUUCUCCUCCUCGAAAAGGCCGUGCCAGCCCUCGAUACUGUCUUUGGGAUACAGAAUGCAACUACCCUCAACGCGAUGAACCAGCUAUCUCUUUUGUACCAGAAACUCGGACUCGACAAAGAAUCUCGCGCGAUAUGCAGCAAGACCAUCCCUAACUGCCGCAGCGUCUUCGGCAUCAACAGCCCCGUCACCAGAGACGCAGUGGUAAGGUAUCUCCAAAGCUCGGAUAACUUCGACUUCCCCCCAGAAAUCAAAGACAUCCUUGACCAUUACAAACGCUCCCGCGACCCCGAUUGCCUCCGCGUGAUUCACAGGUUAGGAAGAUCCUACAUGGACUCGGGCCUGAACCGCGACGCAGCAAACCUCUUCGAAACCCUCGUGGAGGACUUUCUCGCCGCCAAAGGCCCCGAAGCUCCAGAAACCUUUGACGCUCUCAGCGCCCUCUGUGUCUCACGCGAACACCUUGACUCUAUUGAUAAAGCCAUCCUCGCAUACAAACAACUCGUGCACAUGGCCAGUCGAACACCAGAGGACCACCACUCGCGGAAAAGAAUCGCCUAUGCAGAGAAACGGAUCUCUGAACUGAACCGCCGACGUGAGAUUCUCUCCUCGGAAAGAAAAGAAUGGGGGCUUGACAACCCCGGCCGGUGCGAGAGCUGUGGUUCUCCAGCUACAAGUCUUUGUCCUACCUGCAAAAUUACCCACUUCUGCAACGACUCCUGUCGUAAACUCUCCUCACAUUCCCACAAACCCCAAUGCAUCGUCUCCGUCUCCCUCCGAGAAUCCAAAUCUCUCGCCGUGAAAACCAAAUGUCCAACCUCAGCGCGAGACCAAGCCCUCUCCAAAAUUGGCCACUGCGAUACUACUAGUGGUGGCAGCACCAAUAGUGUCAGUAUCAGCCAAACCCUAAAAACCAUCAACGUAAUCGCAAGCUACACCUUCUACCUGGAUCCGCGCAACUUCACCACCUUCCGAAUGAAACUCAAUCCCGACGUCAACACCGUGAUUCUAUUCUCGCUUGAUUCAGAUAUCCAGUAUGCAACAAUUACUCAUAAUAAUUCGGCAUGCGAGUCGAACAAGCCAACGAAGCGUAGCAGCAGCAGUACAAGACCCUUGACAUCUUCAUCCAAAACAAAACUUUCCUCCUCCUCCUCCUCUUCGUCAUCGUCGUCGUCAUCAUCAAACAACAACAACAACAACAACAACAACAACACUACCACUACUACCACUCCGACCCCAGGAACAGCAUCAACCCCCAUCCAAUGGCUCACGCCGCAACGCCAAGAAUCCAUCUCCUACAUCCCGUCUCCAUCCCCGUCGUCCGCAGAAAAAACGCCCCCAAAACAAAGCGAGGAGAAAUACAUCCUCGUCACCCCGGGCAAAGAAAUGCUCAAGUCCAUCAUCGACAAGCGAAUCAGUGCGCGCGGGGGGGGUGGCGACAAAGAACUCUUCCGGCCCUUGGAUUUGCCCAACGCUGAGCUUAUCGAGUAUGCGCAGGGCCUGCUCUUGACGGGGUAUUUAGGGGAGGCAUUUAUGUAUGUUAUUGAGUGGGGGUGGAAGUGAGCGGACCUACCUACCUGGUUACGUUACGGAGUAGUUGGCUCUCUAUGUCUUGUCUAUUUCUACUUACAUUGCGGUUGGGAGCUUUCGUUUGUGUUUCUUUAUUCUUUUCUUUUCUUCUUUUUUCAUUGUUCAAGUAUGGGAGGAGGGGUAUAUAGUUGUUUUUAUUGUUUUAAUGUAUCUUUUUGCUUGGGAAGCUGAGCUUCUGGAGUGGUUGGUUGGUUGAUUGAUUUAUUGAUAUCAAAUACAUUUAUC